UUCGUCAUAAGAGUUUUUAAUAUGUGAACAUGUAAUCAGUUAUUUUAUUUAUUCGCCAUUUUAGUCGGUGGCUUUGUAAAAUCAUUUGAUUUGGUAACCAUAAAAAGACACGAGGAUAUUACUGUAUAUUAUUACGAGAGAACUAAGAUUAUAAAAAUGAAGAGACAGAUAUAUUUAGAGUUUAUGUUAUUGUUUUUCCUUCUUCUAUUCCAAGAGACUAAAACUGCAUCGUGUACUAAUGCUAACAUCAAUGUUGAUGGUAGGUCUCCCAUUGGUACGAUUGUUGGCGACUUAGGAUGUACAGGCACGAAUUUAAAUAUAGUCAGCGGAGACACGAAUAACAUGUUUAGUGUCGAUAACCAAGGAAAACUCACAACAAAGCGUUUUCUUUAUGAGUCUUUGGAUUAUAAAUAUGAGCUGACAAUAGACGGUGUUGAUAAUGUUAUCCAAGUUGCUGUUACCUAUGUUAAUACAGCAGCGCCACUUUUUUCAAACUUGCCAGCGUCAAUAGAAGUUGAUGAGAACACCCCAAUUGGUACACAGAUUUAUACGUUUAGUUUCUCUGAUGCUGACAAAGCAACAGGUGGAUUAGGCGGAGUGGCCUAUGUCGAUUUCUUUAAGCCAGGAGCCAAUGCUGCAAAAAAAUGGAUAAUUGAAAGAGCAACUGGAGCUUUCUAUGUGAAUACGGUAUUCGAUGUUUCAGUGAAAUCAAAAUACACACUGGGAAUCCAGGCAUAUGACAUGCAUCCUACAACACCCAAAAAAUCUGGCAAACAAGUGCUAACAAUAUCUCUGAAAGAUGCUAACACUCACUCACCAGGAUGCAGCAAAUAUUCGAAACUGAUCAGCCUAAAAGAAAAUGUUAGUGUGAACACAACAGUUGAUGCCCUAAAUUGUACAGACAAAGAUAAGGGGGCCAAUGCUGCUUUAUCUUACAGAUUAGCAGAGAGCAAUAGUCAAGAUGUUAAAGACACUUUUAAGUUUGAAUCAAAUCAACUGAAAUUAAAAUCAGAAUUAGAUUACGAAACAGCGACUAUUUAUAAUAUUGUUGCUGAGGUUUAUGAUGGGGGACCAUUAAAAAGAACCACUACCGUUCAAAUAACUGUUAACGUUGAAGAUUUUGAUGACAAUAUUCCAGAGUGGCCUGAAACCACAUUGUAUGGUUCUGUAUCGGAGACCGCACCACUUGGUACAAUCAUAUUGAACGCAACGGCUUCCGAUGGCGAUUCACCGGGUAUUCCGUCUACUAUCACUUAUGGCAUUCAAACAAAAGCUGCCCCAGACUGUCUUUCAAUUGAUCCGGACACAGGUAGCAUUACUCUUUCCAAAUCAAUAAGUGAUUUUGUAAACAUUGAUUGGAUAAGUAUGGAAAUUUUCGCUUAUUCAUCUAACCAAGUACUAAGCAAGAGUACUAUUAUCGUUAACAUUACUAUUAUAGAUGAAAACAACAUUGUACCACAGUUUAGUCAGUCAUCUUAUCAAGUUAGUGUAAAUGAAUCACAACCUAUUGGCUCAUCGAUUUUAACAGUCAGUGCAACAGAUCCAGAAUUCGGGGAUAAUGGAGAAAUUGAAUAUUAUUUAACAUCAACUCUUUUUGCUGUAGACCUGAAUGGUGUUGUCUUAACAACAGCGUUGCUUGAUUUCGAAACGAGCAACGUGCAUACAUUAACUAUAUUGGCAAAGGAUAAAGGUACACCAACACAGACAGGUUCUGCCGUUCUACUUAUUCGUAUAUUACCAGAAAAUGAACAUGAUCCAAUUAUUGAAGGACCCAUAGCUGCAAUUAGUAUUGCUGAAGACACACCACCAGGUGCAGUUUUAUCUUACAUCAAUGCCACGGACCAGGAUGGGGGACUUGAUGGUGACAUCACCUUUUCAAUUCAGAACCCAUUGGACCCAUUUACCAUUGAACCAAAGACGGGGUUGUUUCGUGUAGGCAGCGCCUUGGACCGAGAAUUUAAAGACACAUGGGAAGUAGUUGUUAUAGCAGUCGAUGAUUCAGAGACAGCACCACGAACCACGUCAACAACAGUUACGAUUAGUAUCACAGAUAUAAAUGAUAACACUCCGAUAUGCGAACCAUUGCCUGACAUUAUUGUUACGUUACCUCAUCAAAUAGGCCGUCAGUUAGCAACCCUUAAAUGUACGGAUCUAGAUGAAGGCGAUAAUGCCGAAUUAACUUUCGAAAUAAGUUCAGGAAACACGAAUCCCGUUUUUGGAAUUAACGAAAUGUCCGGCGUUAUAACUCUUGAGAAAUCCCUUACCGAAGACAGAUACACACUAACCAUUGAUAUCCAAGACAAAGGCAGCACGCAACGUAAAACUAACAUUAUUUUAACCAUUUUGGCCGAGAUUUCGUUUACGUUUUCUGCCCUUCCUGCCACUAUUAACAAUAUUACAGAGAAUACCCAGCAGGCGCUCAGACUAUUUCACGUACAAGCCUGUUGUGUGUUUGGUGCGGUUCAAUAUGAGAUUGUUUCUGGAAAUGAAGAUAACCGUGUGGCCAUAGAUCCAUCAACUGGAACUGUUAUUAGCCUGAAAAGUUUUGAUCGCGAGUUCCAAAGUACAUACAUAUAUAACAUAAAAGCAAUUAACUCAAAUACCAAUACCACAGUUGAGAGUGAAUUGACAGUAGAAAUAAACGAUUUAAAUGAUGUUACACCCACAUUUGACACAAGUUUGCACUUUGUAAAUGUGUUUGAAAAUGUGUCUAUCAGUACAUCAAUAUACGCAGUGACUGCGCUGGAUAACGAUCUAGACAAAAAUGGGGAAAUCGUAUAUAGUAUACAGGGUGGAAAUAACGGGCCUGCCUUUGAAAUAGACAACAAUUCCGGAAAUCUUAUCCUCAAAUCAAAAUUGGAUGCAGAUAUCAUCACUCAAUAUUCCCUCGUGAUCGUGGCAACGGAUAAGGGAGAUACACCCUUAACGGGAACUACAACGGUUGUUAUUAAAGUAAAAACGAUUAAUGACUUCAAACCAAAAGUUUUAAACGCCGCCGAAAAUGGUCUUAUAUUUACCAAUGUAACAGAAAACGAAGCUUUGGGUGCGAUUGUGUUUGUGUUCCGAGCCCAGGAUCAAGACAAUAAUACCGAUUUUACGUACAUGAUCUCACAAGGUAACGACGAUAAGACCUUUAUUAUUGAUGGCGAAAAGGGCGACAUAUAUCUCAGAAAAAUAUUAGACAGGGAAACGGUUAAUAAUUAUAAUCUAACAGUAGAUGUUGAUACAGCUGAUGGUGACAAGGUUUCGGCAGUUGUAGUUAUAGAUGUUUUGGAUGUUAAUGAUAAUGAUCCCAAAUUUUCAACAGAUGUUCAUCAGUACGAGGUUAUACACGAAGAUCCCAUGGACAAAGUAAUCGCGACGUUCACCAUUACUGAUCGUGAUAUUGGUAGCAAUGCAGAUAUUGCCUCACUUUCAAUAACGGACGGAGAUUCUUCAGGUCGCUUCAAAAUAGUCAACAACGAUAUUCUAACAAAUGUGCAAGUGGAUUAUAAUACCGGAAUCGCAUAUUCCUUAACAAUUACAGCAACGGACUCUGGGAAUCCAGCGAGAUCAAGUUCUAUUAGAGUCAUCAUAAAAGUUCUACCAAAAUUCAAGCCACCACGUUUCGCUAUGACAGAGUAUAAUGCACCUCCUUUAAGUGAAGAUAUUUAUCCUGGAAGUGAAGUUUUUGAUGUUAAUGCCACAGUAGAUGGUGCAACAGAGGGGUCUGAUGGUACAAUGCAAUACAGCAUAGCAUCUGGGAAUACGGACAAUGCCUUUUAUAUUUCAGAUACAGAUGGAAAAAUAUUCACGGCAACCACUAUGGAUUUCGAAAAGCUAGAAGCCUACGCUUUAAACAUUGAAGCACGUAGUAAAGAGGAUUCAACAAAAUCAGACACUACAUUAGUUAAAAUAACAAUAAAAAACAUCAAUGACCAUACCCCGACAUUCACAAAACCGUUAUAUACAUUUAAUAUAGAUGAAAAAACUGCACCACCGGUAGAUGUUGGGCAAGUCAGUGCCAACGAUCUCGACAAGAUACCUUAUGGUAACAUCACCUAUAGUUUGGGAACUUUCAUUGGUUCAACUGAUUUCACUAUUAAUACUAAUGGUAUGCUACAGACAACAGAAGAACUAGAUUUUAUGACGCAGAAUUUAUACAGCAUUCCAGUAAUGGCCAGUGACGGAGGUGUCAUUAAAGGAGAAGCACUAGCAGUUAUAGUGGUAAAUGAUAUCAAUGAUAAUGCUCCGGCAUUUUCACCAGAUAAUGUGAACAUAUCGGUCAUUGAAUCAUUUGGAGUAGGACAAACAUUUCAUACAGUGAAAGCUACAGAUUUAGACACCGGGAUUAAUGGACAAAUAACAUAUCAAAUACAGUCCAGUUUUACAGAGUUUGCUUUAGACCCAGUUUCAGGGGCUUUGACAAUCGCCUCUUCAUUAGAUCGAGAAACUAAGGAUAACUUCAACCUCAUCAUAAUAGCUGUAGAUAACGCUACGACCGAUGCCAAGACCGGGACAUUGACAAUGACUAUAACUGUCACCGAUGCAAAUGACCAUGACCCGGCAUUUAACGUCGCAAAUAUGGAUGUAACCAUAAACCGCUUUGAUUCUCCUGGUGUCUUUGUGUACAAGGCAGUAGCAACUGACGGUGACAUCGGGGGCAAUUCUGCAGUGGAAUAUGAAAUCAGUAGUGGUAACAACGAUGAUUUGUUUGUAAUUGGGGCUUCCAGUGGUGAAAUAAAAACAAUUUCGUCAGUAAGAAAUGCAAACAAUCAAUAUUCACUAACUAUUACGGCGAGAGAUAAGGGUUUACCAACUCGCAGCUCAUCUAUGAUGCUUAACAUAGAAAUAAUUCCUUUUAACCUAGGCGUUGUGAGUGAUCAAACCAUAUCCAUUAAAGAAUCCACGGGUAUUGCAGUUGAAGUGGCGAUGAUCACUCGAAAAACUAAUCACGCUAAUAGUGCUGAUUUAAGGUACAACAUUGUCAAUGGUAACUACAAAUCUAGUUUUAACCUGGAUCCCUUGACGGGAAAGUUGACCACUGCAGGGUCAUUAGACAGAGAAGAAUACCCCUUGUUUAUAUUAACAAUUAAUAUAAGUGACACUGCCAUUCCUUCCUACACCAAAAUAGUGACUGUCAAUGUUACAGAUGUUAAUGACAAUGCUCCAGUUUUUCAUAAUGUGGAUACUUCUGUCGAUAUUGUUGAGAACAUUCCAGCAGGUUUAAUUAUAACCAGCUUUACAGUAACAGAUGCUGAUGAAGGUGUUAAUGGUGAGUUUGAUUUGACGAUAGAAAAUACAGAACCAAAUGUACAAGAACAUUUUGAACUCACUGGAAACACCCUGAGAUUGAAGAAACCGCUUGAUUAUGAAGUAUUUAAUUCCAUUACAGUUAAGGUUGUUUCUACCGACAGGGGAGCAAGCCCUCAACAGAAUUAUGUUGAUAUUCUAAUAAACGUUAUCGAUGUCGUUGAUGCUAACACUGUAAACAAUGGAUCUACAGAAAAACCACCCAUCUAUAUCACGAAAGAGAUAUCAUCAAAUGUUGAAAAAGACUCAGUGGUGACCAAAUUAAUUUCAAACGACUUUGGAGUAAGUACUCCUGUUGAAACUGAGAACUAUUUUUUACUUGGCGAUGACGAAAUAUUUAAUAUUCAACAGUCGGGAAAUGUAGCUGUGACAAGUGUAGAUGGUUUAGAUCCCAAUAAAAAAUUCUUCUUAUCUGUGAAGACUUCCAUCAAAAACAGUGCGGAUGAUAAAGAUUUAUUAGGACUUGUAAGAAUUGACACGUUUGAUCCUAACAAACACGUGGUUUCAUUGGAGUCUCCCAAUGCUGUUGCAACUUUAGAAAGUUACAAAGACACUAUACUAGACAGCUUAAACAACUUUUAUCCAGAUGAUGAACCAAGAAUAUGGAAAAUACAAAACGUCCCAACCACAUCACGACGACGACUCUUAGCUGCAAGUUCAAGUGUUCUUGUAUAUGUCAUGGAUGGAAAGCAUCCCAAUACCCUGGAAGAUAUUACAUCUGAGAGAACCUUUAAAACAAGUGACUCGAUGAUGGGUACUUUAAGAAAAGAUCCCGCGAAUGAUGAACCUAUGGACGCGUUAAAAGGAAACGCCAAUUAUGAAAUCAUAUCAGUGAAUGGCCAUUCUGAACCACUCCGAAAGUCACCUGAUUCGGCUGAAAAUGAUAGUGACUUUAUCUCUUCUUUGGAGGGACAAAUUACACUAGGAGUAGUGGGACUUAUACUUUUACUUUUCCUUAUACUUAUUAUAGUGUUCAUAAUUUACAAGAAAAAGAAACGAGACCAACGAAGGAAGAAUGGAUCUUCUGAGAAUCUUGUAGGAGAUAUCAACAGAAAUGAAAGAUCCCAAGGAAUUAUCAUACCAAAAGGACUUGGUAAAGCCGGGCUUAAAAAAGAAAAAGUCGAAACAACAGAAUCGCCUACGAGCAGACCUUCUAGAAAAACGUCAAGAGGCCCUGUAGAUACAGCUUUACCGAAUAAUGAGAAAUCAAGUAGUAAAAAACGUACCGCGAGUGUUUCACCAGCACGCUUUUCACCAAUGUCACCAGCGACACCAGCAUCGACUCCUUCAAAAUCGGACAGCUUAGAUGUCACGAGGGAUAAUUCACCUAAAAGGAGUAGCCCCAAACCUGCAGAGAGAAGGCCGUUGCCGGCUUUAAAACAAGAGAAACAGCCGAGUACAAUUGAUCCAAACAAAACUGGAAACGGCAAAGAUGAUCAAGUCACCCCAGGCAUUGCCAAGAGAAAGAAUGGACCAAUCGUUCACCACGGCAAAGAAUAUGAUGGGGUUGGGUUUGAUGGAGACAAACAACAGCGGUAUGCAUAUAACACCAGGACGGGCAGUACCCUAUGGGUGGAUGAAAAGAAUGGUGGAAAGACAGGUGGUCAGAAAAAACCUGGCCAGCCAAUUACCGUGGUUAGUGCACCAAAAAGUGAAUUUAAACCUGACCUAACUACAAAUCGUUCAAUUGGAAUGAUUUCUCAAAAAUAAUUAAUUUGUUCAUGCUUUAGUAACAUUAAUUGAUCUUCAAACGCCAUCCAUAUAACAUCGGGUGGCCCAGAAAAUAAAACGAAUACACUAUUUAAAAGGAAAUAAUUGAAAAAGCCCUGUACAAAUUGUAGGUCCAUUACUCAAAUAGUGUUUAAGUGGUACGAAGGUCAAAUUAUGUUUUAACGGACUUAAAAGUCGCAUCACACUUGUUACCCUAGACUACAAAUGGCCAGUGUGACCCGUCGUGCGCUAAGCGCGUUUUCCAAACAGAAAUCGAAUUGCGUAUUUCUGUUUAGCUUAUUUCUACCCUCUUCAGUUCAUUUUCCGUAAAUUGUUUCCUGCGUCUUGCAUAAACCGUUUCUUAGAGGCUGUUCUAUCUAAAAUAGUGUACACCUUUUUUUCUGGGCCAACCGAUAUAUUGUUUCACUUCUUUCAUUUUCAUUAUAAAAUAUACGGUUUUUGAGUCGCUUUAUGUAUUUAAAACAUAACUAUAUAUUUGAAAAAUUAAAUAAAUCAAACUGAAUCCAGUUCACAGUUUUAUUUUUACCCAAACAAAAAUCAUACUAGCUUUUGAAGCUGCAGGGAUUUUUGUCAGUGGUGCAGAAAGAGGGUCUGGCAAAGAACGGCGUCUGGUUGUCGACUGUUAAUACGAUCAAAAUGUACAUCGACAUCCGUCUUUCCUCGAUUAUGAUAUUAAAGAAAUUGAUUAUUUUAUUUUCUUAAAAAUGCAUACUAAAGAUUUAAAAAAUCAUUGCCAGAAAAUUAAUGUUUUAUUUUUGACUUUGCAUCGAAAGUUUAGUUUUAAAGGAAACAUUCGUUAUGUGAAACGAAUUCGUUUAUUAUUUGGCUUGACAUUGAAACUUCCGAAUAAUGUGUAAAAUAUAUUAUCAUUUUAGAAUAAAUUCAUCUUUGUUGAUUUUACCUUUAACUAUUUCGUUUGUGUUAUAGUCUAUAAAUGCUAUAUUUUCUUAAAAGUGUGUACUUAAAUUAAAAUAAAAUUGUUGCAACUCAUUUUAAAAAUCGUUGCCAGAAAUGAAUUAAUGUGUUUUAUUUAAAAUAUAUUUUUGACUUUGCAUCCAAACUAUUUGAAAUUUAUAUAUAUGACAAGUAUAUACAUUUUAAAGUAAAAAUUCGGUAUGUGAAUUGAAUAAUGUAUUGUUUUCAAAACACAUCUUUUACUUGACAUUAAAACUCCCAAAAUGUGUUUUAUAAUUAUAUACUAUUAUUUUAGAACAAAUUCAUUUCUGGUUGAUUUUACCCAUUUCGUUUGUGUUAUAGACUAUAAAUGCUUUAUUUUUUCUUAAAAAUGCAUACUUAAGUUAAGAUAGUUGCUACACAAUUGCCAGAAAUGAAUAUAAUGUGUUUUAUUUAUCAUAUAUUUUUGAAUUUACAUCCGAACUGUUUGAAAUUAUUAUAUAUUACAGGUAUAUUUUCUUACAUAAUUAUUUGAAAUGAAUAUUUUACAAGUAUAGUUUCUAACAUUUUAAAGGAAACAUUCGUUAUGUGAAACGAAUUAAUUAUUGUUUUCAAAAUAUAUCUUUUACUUGACAUUGAAACUCCCGAAAUGUGUUAUAUAUUUAUUAUUUUAGAAUAAAUUCAUUUCUUGUUGAUUUUACCGUUAACUGUUUCGUUUGUUGUUAUAGACUAUGUAGUAUAAAUGGAGAUUUCUACAAGUGUGUCGUUACUUACAUUCGAAUAUACAAGUUUUAUCUUAUUGAAUAGAAAGAUUAUGGGCCAUAAAUAUGUGAACAAUGCGAUCAUUAUACGUCUUCUGAAAGACGUGUUAUAGUGUUGCCAAAUUUUAGUCAUUUUAGGUCAGGUCAAAAAGUAAAUAAAAGUAUUAUAUUGAUCAAGCAAAUUAAUAAAUAAACCAUAGAACGAUA